AUGGCGACUCCUCCUCCUCCGGUGAAUCUCUGGACGGUCUUAUCGGAAUCGAAACGUAUAAUCAACGCUCACUCACGCCACUUCCUCGCUCUCUCCGUCCUCUUUCUUCUUCCCAACUCCUUCUGCAUCGCACUCUACCCCUCCGUCUCCCGCCUCAUCACUGAUCAACAACGUCCACGCGUCACUCCCGAUUUCAAGACUGUUAUUCUGCUUUCGAUUGCUUACCUCGUGGUCGUCACUGUCUUCAAUCUCUUAGCUAUUGGAUCAAUCGCUCAUAGCAUCUUCCAAGGAUUCUAUGGAAGACCUGUGAAGUUGAUGUCAGCAGUGAAAUCGAGCUUAUCUUCUUUUUUACCUCUUCUCGCUACUCUCAUUUCUGUCAAUUCCAUCGUUUUUGGGAUCUUUUUUAUUCUUGCAUUUGCUGCCUUCUUGCUCAAGACUCUAAUCGAGAUCAUCAUCCCAGGUCUCGAAAUCAGUUUCCUAGUUUUCGCAGUGAUCAUCGCAAUUGUAGUCAUGCUCAAGUUCCAGGUCGAUUGGAUUCUUUCUUGUGUCAUCGUUGUUGUUGAAUCAGUUUGGGGUUUAAAGGCAUUGAAGAGAAGCAAAAGCUUGACCAAAGGAAUGAGAAGAGUUUCUUUCUCUAUUCUCUUCUUCUUCGCUGCAACAUCAUUGCCUAUAGGCUGGAUAAGCACAACUGCAGCUUCUAUUCCGAUUGAAGAUGGGAGAUUGUUGACAAUUGUUUUCUUCGUGCUUCAGAUCGUGAUCGUGUCUGCGUUUCAAACGUUUAUAAUGAUGUAUAAUGUUGCUGCAACCACCGUGAUGUAUAUGUAUUGCAAAGAUUUUCACGGCGAGGUUGGAAAAUACGUGAGCUUGCCUUUUGAUGAUGAUGAUGGUAAACCUCUUCAUCACUUGGCUUACAACAACGUCUGA